GCAUAUGGCCACACAUUCUCCACAGAAGACACACCAGUGUUCAUUCUGCGAGAAGAUGUUUCACCGCAAAGACCACCUGAAGAAUCACCUACAGACCCACGACCCCAACAAAGAAGCCUUCAAGUGUGAGGAGUGUGGCAAGCACUAUAACACCAAGCUUGGUUAUAAGCGUCACGUGGCCAUGCACUCCGCCACGGCGGGUGACCUUACUUGCAAGGUGUGCCUGCAAAGUUAUGAAAGCACGCCGGCCCUCCUGGAGCACCUAAAGAGUCACUCGGGUAAGUCGUCCGGCGGUACCAAGGAGAAGAAGCAUCCAUGUGACCACUGUGAUCGUCGUUUCUACACGCGCAAGGACGUACGACGCCAUAUGGUGGUACACACGGGACGCAAGGACUUCCUAUGCCAGUACUGCGCCCAGCGCUUUGGCCGCAAGGACCACCUGACACGGCAUGUCAAGAAGAGCCACUCGCAGGAGCUUCUGAAGAUUAAAUCGGAACCUCCGGAUAUGCUGGGUCUUUUGGGGUCAGGCUCACCACCGUGUUCUGUCAAAGAAGAACUCAACCCUAUGAUGUGUAGCAUGGGACCUGCCAAGGAUCCCAUGAUGACCAAGCCCUUUCCCCCAGGAAACCCCUUCCCCAUGGGUAUGUACAACCCGCAUCAUAUCCAGGCCAUGUCCAAUCCUGGAGUGGGUCAUCACCACUCUUUGGUGUCUGGCUCUCUGUCCGCUGCUAUGGGAAUGAGCUGCCAUAUGGAGCCUCCGUCAUCUCUGCACCACCAUCACCCACAUCACCACCACCACCAUCAUCAUCACCACCAUCACCAUCACUCCUCUCCCCCACCCACCCAUCAACAGCAACCCCCGCAUCAGUCGCAGCAGCUCCCGCAAGCACCACCUAAGUACCAGCUUGGAUCUACCUCAUACCUGCUAGAAAAACCUCUGAAGGUGGAGAUGGAGAGUUUCCUGAUGGAUCUGCAGAGCGGGCUGCCCGUUCCACCGCCACCAGCUGAGCCCCACUCUGCCUCUUCACCUCCCAAAGAAGGUUUAGAGCCACCCCCAAGCCUGGCGGAUGAGCUGUGUGGGGACCCCCUCUUGUCCAAGAGCCCCGCUGUCAUUGCAGAGUCUUUGUGUGCUGCUAACAUGGACUUCUCUCAUUUGCUGGGCUUCCUGCCGCUCAACCUGCCACCCUACAGCGCCCCCAUGAGCACAGGAGGACUAGUGAUGGGUUACUCCACUUCCUCUGUUGUGUCUUCUUCUUCCUCUUCCUCCUCCUCCUCAUCAUCCUCGCAUGCUGGCGAGCCUCACACCGUUGCUGCCACGGCAACGGCCGCAGUGCCUCUUACCUCUUUGCAACCUCAACCUCAGGAGCAGCAAGGCUCCAAUGGGGGUCUCGGCCUUGGACCCCUACAUCCCCUUCCACCAGUGUUCAGCUCCAGCCUCAGUACCACCACCUUGCCUCGCUUCCACCAGGCCUUUCAAUGAGGGCCCCACCCCACCCCAGCCUAACUCAGACCAGUCAUUCUGAGAGGCUCAGGGAAUUGGGGGUCUAUAAGGACCCUCACAGGGGUGGGAGGACAAAACACUUGAACACUUAGAAGCCUUA